UUCGCAGUGUAAGCGCCCACAUCAAACGCCGUGAGGGUCGGCUUCGAAAACGUUUACUUUAUGUCGUUUUUCUGAAGGAAAUUCCGACUCGAGGCUGAUUUCCGGAGGUUUUAUGGCGUGAGGGAGAUUCCGGAGAGCAAGUCACGAUGAAUCCCUUGACGAACGUGAAGAACAUCCAGAAACUGAGCCAGCGUGAGCUAGAGCUGGGUGUCAACAUCAAGCAGUCAUGGCAUCAGCAGUACCGAGACAGCGCUUGGGUAUUCCUCGGAGGGCUUAAUUACGAACUCACUGAAGGAGAUAUAGUCUGUGUCUUCUCUCAGUAUGGAGAGAUUGUUAGUAUUAAUCUGGUGCGAGACAAAAAGACGGGAAAGAGUAAGGGCUUUGCUUUUUUGUGUUACGAAGAUCAACGCUCAACCAUUCUGGCUGUUGACAACCUAAAUGGUAUAAAGCUAGUCGGCCGCAUCAUCAGGGUCGACCAUGUGGAGGAGUACAAGGUGCCCAAGAUGAGGGAGGACAUGUCCGAGGAACAGCAGAAGUUGCUGAUAGAAGGCUGUGCCCCAAAACUCAUUCCUGUGGAGGAGCAGGAGGAAGAAGAGGAACUGAUGGUGAUACCUCCAGAAAAAAUCAAGAAAGAAAAAACAGACAGGAAGGUCAAAAAGGAGAAGAAGAAGAAAGACAAGAAAAAGAAAAAGAAAAAGAGGCGAUCAUCUUCAUCCUCGUCAUCGCCAUCAGAAUCAAACAGUUCAUCAUCCUCAGAUAGCGACAGUGACGAUGACAGCUACAGGAAAAAGAGAAAGAAGAAGAAAAAGAAGAGAAGCAGAGACGAAUCAGAAUCAGGGAGCGACAGCGGAGACUCGGAAAGAGAGAGGAAGACGAACAGGGCAAGGAGGGAGGAGUAUGGCAACGGGACCUUUAAAGUGAAGGAGGAAAAGAGGGACCCAGGCUACGAAAAGUACGAACAUGUGAGACCCGACAGCGAUAGGGACAGGUACCGUGAGAGAGACAGAGGCCCGGAGAGAUAUAGAGACGCGAGGGAUAGCAGGGACAACCGAGACAGAGAAUAUAACAGACACAGAAUGGAGAGGGAUGAUAGGGAGAGAAGGGAGAGGGAUCACAGGCAGGACGGGAGGGGCGGCUACAGGCAGGGGGAGGACUGGGGAAGAGGAGGAGGGGGCAAUAGGGAUGGUAGGUACGGCAGCCACAACAGAAGUCCAGACAGAGGUAGAUAUAGGGGUAGAAGAUAGUUAAGAUUUUUUUUUUUUUUUUUUUUUUCUUUUUAUAAAGACGUGUAUUUUCAAUUGUGAAAAACAUUUUCUAAUAUUUUUAGAGUUUCAUUAUUGAGAUGUGGUUUUUAGUAUUGUUUACAGACAGCCAUGCAGCAGAUGCAAAUGAGAUAUUAACUUGAAUUAAUAUGUUCCUUGUUUAUAUACAUUUUUAAGAGCCAUACGCUAGAUGCAAGUGAUGUAUUAACUUGAAUUAAUAUGUUGCUUGUUUCUAUUCAUUUUUAAGAAUUCUUUUAUUAUUAUUUUUGUUUUGAACUAAAUUGUGUUAAUGUCAUGAUAUAUGAAAUAAACAUAUUCUUGA